AUGCCUUUCAACACGGAGCUGACGAGGGCGCUCGGCAUUAGAGUGCCCGUCGUUCAAGGUGGUAUGCAAUGGGUCGGAUACGCCGAACUCGCUUCCGCUGUUAGCAACGCAGGAGGUCUGGGAAUAUUGACCGCCCUUACCCAACCCACACCCGAAGACCUUCGCAAAGAAAUCCGCCGAUGCCGAACGAUGACCAACAAGCCUUUCGGCGUCAACCUGACGCUCCUCCCCGCCAUGGUCCCCCCGGACUAUGCCGCAUACGCCCGCGUCAUCAUCGAGGAGAAGGUCAACAUUGUCGAGACAGCGGGAAACAGCCCAGGGCCGGUGAUUAAGCAGCUGAAGGAGGUUGGCACCAUCAUCUUGCACAAGUGCACCACUAUCAGGCACGCACAAUCUGCGGUGAAGCUUGGCGUUGACUUCCUGUCCAUCGAUGGCUUCGAGUGCGCCGGACACGUUGGCGAGACGGACAUUACCAACUUCAUCUUGCUCAGCAGGGCUAGGCAAUCGUUAGGCGGUGUGCCUUUCAUCGCCUCUGGAGGUUUCGCCGACGGCCAAGGUCUGGCUGCCGCGCUUUCUCUCGGAGCCUGUGGUAUCAACAUGGGAACGCGCUUCAUGUGCACCAUCGAAGCGCCCAUCCACCACAACAUCAAGCAAGCCAUCGUCGACGCGCAAGAGACAGAUACCGCACUCGUGCUCCGCCGGUGGAAGAACACAUCGCGACUCUUCGCCAACAAGGUGGCGCUGCAGGCCGUUGAGGUCGAGAAGACAAGCCCAACUGGCAAGUUCGAGGAAGUCGCUGAGUUUGUCAGCGGAAAGCGAGGUCGGCAAGUCUUCUUGAACGGAGACCCAGACUUCGGUGUAUGGACUGCUGGCCAAGUAAUUGGCCUCAUCCACGACAUCCCCACCAAUCAAGAGCUCCUUGACCGUAUCGAGCGCGAAGCUGUUGAGACUAUGAAGCAGUCGCAAUCGCUGUUCGUCGAGGAGGGCGACAAGCCUGUCGCUGACGGUGCGUCCAUAAACAAGAAGUCGAAUAACCCUCAGGCUGAGGUCUGGGGUAUUGGCAAGAGCAAGCUAUAG